CUCUCUCUCUCUCUCUCUCUCUCUCUCUCUCUCAUAGCAUUCUCUCUCUCUCUCUCUCUAGGGUGCGCGCGUUCGCGCGCGAAGAGCAUGGGGAUGCGCGCUCGGAUCGAGGCGAUCGUGGCCUCGAUCGUGACCGUCCAUCCCCACGAGAUCCCCUCCCUGAUCCACUCCGCCACCACCUUCUUCUUCAUUUUGAGCGCGUAUUUUGUGAUCCUACCACUACGGGACGAGGGCGCGAUCUCUCUCGGAUUGAGCAAUCUCCCCGGUCUCUUCGUGGGCUCGCUUCUCCUAACCCUCGUCGCCGCUCCCGUCUCAACCCUAAUUUUUUCCUUGCCCAAUCUCUCCAAAUCGAGGGCGCUGGUUAUGAUACACAGAUUUUUCAGCAUAUCCCUUCUUAUAUUCUUUGUUCUUUGGUACGCCUCUUCACCUGGACGUUUACCUUUCCAGCCUAAGGUCUCAGAUUUGAACUCACCUCUACCUGCAGAUGAGAAGCUCAAUUCUAGUAAAGAUGGUCAAAAUAAUUCUACACAAUGGGGUAAUCACGGGUUGUUCUACAUUAUAGUGAGGAUAUGCUUGUUUCUCUGGGUUGCUUUGCUUAACCUUGUUACAAUCUCUUCAACCUGGGCGAGGGUUAUUGAUGUUAUGGACAAUGAGUCAGGUUCAAGAUUGUUCGGUUUCAUUGGUGCUGGUGCAACACUUGGGCAGCUAUGUGGUUCAUUAUUCGCAGCAAGCAUGGCAUGGCUUGGACCAUUUUUGCUCCUCUUUUCUGCUCUCUUGAUGGAGCUUGCUGCGCAAUCAUCAAAAGGAAUCAACCAUGAUGCUCAUCGCGGUUCUGAAGAAUUAUCUGUCAUCAGACAAGAUACUGAAGAUCAGAAUGCAAAGAUUGAGGAUGAGACGUCUUCUUUAGUAGCCUCUUCACCUAGAUUACCAACAGAUAAACUUAAGCCCCAGCUUUUCAUCAUGUUUGAAGGGUUUUGGUUGAUACUCUCAUCAACUUAUCUCCUGUAUGUGUCCUUAUUUCUGUGGCUGAGUGCAGUCGUAUCUUCCUUAUUUUAUUUCCAGAAAGUAACAAUAAUCGCUAUGACUGUUACAAGCUCGCUUGCCAGAAGAAGAUUGUUUGCACUGAUAAACAGCUUCAUCGCUGUUUUCAUCCUUGCCGGGCAACUUACUUUAACGGGACGCAUACUCACGGUUGCUGGAGUUACUGUGGCUAUUUGUUCAGCCCCAUUUGUUGCAAUUUCCAAUUUGGUUGGUCUUGCUGUAUGGCCAACCUGGAUUGCUGUUGCCAUAUCUGAAACUCUUCGGAAGGUGACAACAUAUGUGGUAGCAAGACCUGGAAGGGAACUCUUGUUCACAGUUGUCUCACAAGAUGAAAAGUACAAAGCGAAGGUCUGUAUAGAUGUUAUUGUUCAAAGACUUGGCGAUGCAGCUGCUGCUGGAAUAUAUAAACUGCUAUUUGGCAACCUCAACAGCAGGGCUUCUAUGGUUUCUCUCUAUGCAUUACCACUAUGUUUCCUAUGGCUGCUCACAGCAUUCCAUUUGGGUCGGCAGCAAACAAACCUUGCAAAGCUUCAAGCUUCUUCUAUACACUAGAUUCUGUUAAGAUAAUCAAAUAGAGGGUACAGUAUGCUGCUUCAUCCAAAGGCUAAGAAACAGUAACACGACAACGUCGAAAGAAGAAACACAAACCGCAACGGCAUCGGGGAGCCUUGUUGUAUAUAUUCACGACAGUUUAUUUAGCUGUUUUAAAUUUUGAGGGGAAGAUGAAAAGAGCCUUUCCGUUCUUGUGUACAGUAGGCAUUGGUCUUAAACAAUUUGAUGAGUUUUAUGAGAGAGUUAUUAUUUUGCUGUAGUAGGUCCCAAUGAGCACACUAUUCAUAUGUAAGUUUAAAGGGCAAAUGUCCCUUGUCACCUUUUUAUUUUCAACAUAUUUGAGGAUGUGAAAUUGGUUUGCAUCCUAAGGAAGCCCCAUAUGGAUUUGUCUAUGUUUCUAGUCUCCUUAAAUGAGAGCAAAAAUGGGUUGUUAUGAUUUUUUUAAAAAAA